AUGCUGACCCGCGCGGUCGUGCUCCUGCUGCAGGGCAAGAAGGCCCUAGCCAAGAUGCAGGCCGGUGACUAUGACGAGGCGGCGGUGCGCACGCGGCUGGAGAACCUGAUCACCACUCGGCCUGUGGUGGUGUUCUCAUUCUCCACCUGCCCCUUUUGCGUCAAGGUGAGGCGCCGCGUGGGGCGCAGAGGAGUGCUGGCAGGGGUGUGA